ACGAGUCCAAAGGCCAAAGCUGCGGCCAACGCGCAGCACUGCAGCGUGCGGGCCCGGCCAGGCAGCCAGCGCACGGGCGACGGGGCCCACCCGCACCCGUGGAAGCAAAACGCAAGCGAGCGUCGCGUCUCGUCUCAUCACCUCGCACGUUUUCCAAAUGUGCCCCGGCGACGGCGAUCCUCCCGCACCCUCCUGCCCAUAAUAAAUAGGGACAGCCCGUCCGUCCCCGUCGUGCUCCAGCUCGCCGCUCCACUCUCUCCUGGCCCUGCUGCGGCCGUCGCCGGCUAACUAGCUAUAGCCAGCCACUCGGAGUCGGAGGCACAGCACCUCCCCCCGCGUCGCCAGCGCACUUGGACGACCGAUGGGGAGGGCGCCGUGCUGCGAGAAGAAGGGGCUGCGGCGGGGCGCGUGGAGCCCCGAGGAGGACCAGCGCCUGGUGGCCUACGUCCGGCAGAACGGGCACCCCAACUGGCGCGCGCUGCCCCGGCAGGCGGGGCUGCUCCGCUGCGGCAAGAGCUGCCGCCUGCGCUGGAUCAACUACCUCCACCCGGACAUCAAGCGCGGCAACUUCACCGCCGACGAGGAGGCCCUCGUCGUCCGCCUCCACCGCGAGCUCGGGAACAGGUGGUCAGCGAUCGCCGCGCAGCUGCCGGGGCGCACCGACAACGAGAUCAAGAACGUGUGGCACACCCACAUCAAGAAGCGCCUGGGGGGCGACGACGGCGGCGGCACCGGCGGACGGCAGGAGAAGAAGGCGCGCAAAAGCAGGACCAGGACCGCCGGCGCCACCAAGAGACCAGCCGCCGACGUGGACAGCAGCGAGCGGCAGCCGGCGUCGCCGGGGCAGUCGAGCAGCGUGAGCAGCGGCGUCACGUUCUCCGCCGCGGCCGUGUCGUCGUCGCCCGACAACGCGGCCGCCACCAGCCGCCAGGAGGAGCAGCUGCAGGUCGGCGGCGCCGGCAAGGCGGAGAUGGAGAUGGAGAUGGAGAUGGAGAGCUUCAGCUCCGCCGAGUUCCCGGCCAUCGACGACAGCUUCUGGUCGUCGGCGGACGUCACGGACCUGGGCCUUUGCGCCAUGGACGGGGAUGAGCUGGGCAUCGCCGGCCCGCCCUCGUCGUCCACCAGGGACCAGGACAUGGAGUUCUGGCUCAAGAUGCUGCUGGAGGCCGGCGACAUGAGGGACUUGAGCGUCUUGUAACUAGAAUGCAGAAAUCAAAGCUUAUUAGGGGCCUGGUUACAUGCAGGCAGGAUUAGAGCUAGAGCAUCGUAUUUUCUUUUUCUUUAUUUUUCUCCUGCCAUCUUGUUCCCCCCAUUUUCCGGUGACGAGAAAAUGCUGGGCAACGUACUCGAUCGGUCGGGUGAUUCCACCUUCCCUAGAGAAAGAAUACUAGCACCAUUUCGUUCGUUCGUUCGUUC